AUGAAGCCCAACUACGUACUACAGAGCGUGCGGUCGCUGGAUUGGGACACAGCUAUAUUUCAGAAGAAAAUAAACACCACCUACAUCAUCCCCUACCCAAGACCUGCCAUUGUAACUCAACCUGUUGACAUACAUUACAACUUCUGCAAGUUAAAACCACUGUCCCCUGAGGAGACUCUUGAAGAACAACUUCUGCUAGAGUCCAUUGCUUGGCCUGAAACCCCAUCUUUACCAUCACCUCUUUUUAUGAAUAGCAGCAGUGAUCCAGCCCACAGCACCUUCACCAUUCUCCCCAGGAAGAGAGAGGGACAGUGGCAAAUAGGGGAUAACCUGGAGGCCCUGAUCAAAAUAUAUGACUUCAUGGGCCGUCCAAAGAAGUAUGGGGGAGACGUCUUACUUGCCCAGCUGCACAACCCCACCCUUGGUGCUGGUGUUGCAGGACAAGUGGUGGAUCAUCUCAAUGGUUCCUACUCUGCUGUAUUCUCUUUACUCUGGGAAGGAAGCGCACAGGUUGAGGUGACACUGGUUCAUCCCAGUGAGGCAGUCACAGAGCUGCGCAGGGUGAACAUAGAAGAACCCGACAGGAUCUACUUCAAGAGUCAGUUCCGCUCGAGCUUGCUCACUAGAACAACCACCUGCAACGUAUGUUUACGUCCAACCCAGCCUGUGUGCAACUACACAGAUUUACGUACAGGUGAGCCAUGGUUCUGCUAUAAGCCAGAAAAUAUGAGUUGUGACACCAGGAUCAGCAACUACAAUGGAGGAUAUAAAGAAAGCCUGACAACCAUGGAGAAGCUUUUUCAGAGCGGCGUAAACAUGAAAGUCUCCAUUCCAGCUUCAGGACCUGCCAAUGUCACUGUUUUUCCAAAGCAGAAAGCGAUUUCGAGAUUUCGAGCGAGCCGGAUGUCGGAGGGGGAGCAGCCAUUCGCUUGGGCUCGUCAGCUGGAAGACACUGCGGCGAGUUGGUUGCGGUCGGGUCUGACGGAGGAGGAGGCGCGGUUGCUGAACCUGGUGGUCUUGGAGCAGUUUGUGGAGGGCCUGCCGGAAGCUACGGCUCACUGGGUCUGCUGUCACCGUCCGCCGGACCUGACCACUGCCGUGACACUGGCGGAAGAUCACCUGGCAGCGGGACUGCUGCCGGCUCCCCAAGCGUCGCGGCCGAGGGGAGGGGCCUCGGAGCGGCCGCCGCUGCCUGCUGCUAGGAGGAGGAGAGGCGUGACCCGACGCCAGCCCGGAGCCACAGGGAGCCGCACAAACGCUGGGACCAGAUUGCUAGAAGUGCGGACGGCCGGGACAUCUGCGCCGGGACUGCCUGCUAAUGGAGGUCGGUCAGGUGUGGUCGGUCAGGUGUUCCGAGUCGCUGGGGCUCCAGCACCUGCUCCUGGUCCGGAGGGACGUACCGCAUACCGGGGCAAAACGCAUAGAGUUAAGGUGGCGGUUAGCCCGCGCCUGUCGCAUCCCCUUAUUUUGGGCACGGAUUGGUUCCACAGCUUAUUGGGGCAGUACGCGGGGAUGCGAUCGCGGUCUGUAAAUUCGUGUGAUGUUUGCGCGGCGCUGAGCAGUGAUGUGGGGUCGACUGACACAGACUCUGGGGGGGAGGAGGUGGACGGGACUUCUACAGAAGCCCCACUGCCUCCCGUUAUGCACCCCACGGAAGAUUUUCCACUAGAGCAGUCUCGGGACGACACCCUAUGCUCAGCCUAUGACCAAGUGAUAGAUAUUGAUGGUCGCUUGGUGUGCCCUGACGCUGCGCGGACUUACCCUCAUUUCCAAUUGCGGAACGAUCGGCUUUAUCGAGUGAGCCGCGACACUCACACUAAUGAGAUCCGCACCCAGUUGUUGGUGUCGCAAAGCCGCCGGGAAACGAUUUUUCAGGCGGCUCAUUCGAACCCCAUGGCAGGGCAUUUGGGUUGUGAGAAAACUCUGGAGUGCAUAAUGGCCCGAUUCUAUUGGCCGGGAAGUUGGGCCGACGUGCGCCGCUGCUGUCAGUUAGAGGUGAACAGCAGUAGUGUGGAGUCUAAACCGUCUGGCUAUUACUACCAGGAUGUGUGGCGAGCACUAGGUGGGACCACCGUUCAUCAGUUCAACACUUCCUCAGCCAUCACUCGGUGUCUGAAAGGAAAGCUGGUCCAUAUGUAUGGAGACUCCACAAUGAGGCAGUGGUUUGAGUACCUUAAUGCAGCACUACCAGAUCUAAAGGAGUUUAACCUUCAUAGCCACAAAUCAGUCGGACCUUUAAUGGCCCUGGACUAUGCAAAUAACAUCUUUGUGAUGUUCCGCGCCCAUGGUCCUCCUCUACGUACUGUCAGUGUCCCAUCCAUGGAGCUGCAUUAUAUUGCCAAUGAGCUGGACAAUGUGCUUGGAGGCAGUAACACUGUAGUAGUUUUUGGCAUCUGGGCACACUUUGACACUUUCCCUAUUGGGUUCUACAUUCGUCGACUGAUGUCCAUCCGCAGUGCAGUGGUACGGCUACUGUCCAGGGCUCCAGACACAGUGGUUGUCAUUCGGACUGGAAAUCCCAAACCUUAUACAAUUCUUGGCGCAUUUGUUAACAGCGACUGGUACACUUUUCAGCGGCUAAAGGCACUCAAGGCUAUAUUCAAAGGAUUGAAUGUCCAUCUGGUGGAUGCCUGGGAGAUGGUUCUGGCCCACCACCUGCCACACAGCAUGCACCCACAACCUUCAAUUAUCAAGAACAUGAUUAAUGUUUUCUUGUCAUACAUAUGUCCGCCAAAGGGCGGAUUCACUAGUUGGGCCGACUUCCUCAUUUUAGGUUUGAAAGCGUUUAGUGGGUAA